AGCGAUUGUGUUUUGACCACAAAAUUGAAAAAUCCUCCACCAUUUUUAACUCAAACAACAGGGAUAUCACAACAAACAAUUGGGGCACUUCCCAACCCAGGAAACAAUGCCGAAUUCGUAUCUUAGUCGGCUGUUUGCCAGCUGCUGCCAAUAGAUUCGACAUUUAGUCAGUUUAACUCCACAAGCUCAGCUAGACACAGCUGGUGAACAACAGUGUUUUUUCCACAAUUUUAGAUAGGAACACAUUGUAUAGGUCGGGUUUUAUUUCUAUUUUUGAUAACAUAAAUGGAUUCGAAACGCGCGGCCCUAGAAGCGGGCGACGCUCCGGUCGCGAAACGCCUGAACAGCACCGAGGAUCAGGGUAGGAUCAUAGGCGUGAUGGACCCAUCGCCGGGUGAUGGUAACCAGCUGAUUAUGGACAAGCAUGUAGCCCCCUACGCGGCCAACAGAUGCACUCCUCCUCCGGAGGCUUAUUUGUUCGAGACGACUCCCGUCGGGAGUCAAUUGCUGCCGUGGAACUCGGUCGCCGAUGGACCAACUUCCGACAACGAUGCCGAGCUGGAGAAUAGCACCACUGAAAACAAGAAACCCGAUACUGCCAAGAUGUCCCGUCGCGAACUGGCCAAACUGCGCCGCGAACACACUCUGAAAGCCCUUGCCUUGGAACGCGAGUUGACCAACAAAGCGGGUCAGUCCACCGCAACUGUGGCGCUCCUCAUUCGGUUCCCAGACCCCGAAAUCAGUGCUCCCAUGCUGGCCGGUAUAUCGAGGGAGAUUCGGGACGUGGUCCUGACCGCCUCCGUGGCUCCGCGCCACUGCCUGGUGCACCUGAGGGUCGGAGCCGAUGUCGAGGCCACCAUUCGCGAGAUCAAUAGGGUGCGCUUUGGCACCGGCUACCUGGAGGCGGAGGUCAAGCCCUUCACCGACGAGGAGCAGGCCGAGCUCAUUGAUCCUUGCUCGCUGUACGUGAGCAACAUACCCUUCAACAUGACCACCUCGGCCAUCAAGGCCUACUUCAUCAACGCCGUGCGAGUGGACAUCGGUGUGCUGAAGCGAGAGAAGCGAGCUCGCUACGCUUUCGUGCGCUACGCCUCACCUGACCACACCAUGGAGGCGUUCAGAGAGCUGGUCAACUGUCCACUUAAUAGCCGUACUCUCACGGUCCGCUACCGACGGCUACGGAAGCGCGCCGGCGUGCCCACAAUGCAGUGCACCAGCUCCUAUCACAGGAUGCCCUCGCCAAAUGGCGGCGACGACGACAACGCCGACUGCAAGGUCAUUACGCCACCGCCCGUGGAGUCGAUCAUCAUCAGCGACAGCGACAACUGCUCCGAUUCCAGUGGCGGAGGCAAGGUCAGGAGGAAGUGCAAGGACAAUAAUAAGAUGAACGACCAGGAGAAGGAGAUUCAAAAGCUCAAGCGCCAGAUGGCCGAAUACGGUGCCAUCAUAAAGAACCUGCAAGUUCAACAGAACAUUUUAGGAGAUUCGUUAAUAUCGGAUCUGACGCCCAAAAUAGAGUCGCGCGGGAAUCCAUCAGCUUGUAUAAUAGGAUCCAAUGCAGUCCACCUAAUGCGCGACAUCAAGACGGAGUGUGCCUAUUUGGGAAUUCCCGAAAAUGGCACUGCCGUCCAGGAACCGGCUGGCAAGCCGACCGCGCAUCCGCCAGACGAGAACCGCAAGAAGACCAAAACAACCCGUUUGUGUUGUUUUGGCUGGAUGUUUUCAGGUCCCUCCAGACGACGCAAGAGUGCAAAGCUGACUUCUGGCAAGUAUGAGACUUUAAGGACAUCGCCGGAGAAGGAUGACAGACUGGAGGAGCUUUACGCUCAACUGGAAUGCGAUCCUGAUCCUUAAGUUGUCAUGCUACUAACGUCUACCAAAUUACUCGUCGUAGGCGAUUCUUAAAAUAAUAAUUUAGUUUAUUUUGUUUUGUA